AUGUCGACCACGUUUACCACCACCCAGAACGAAUUCGCUCUGUUGCUGCAGAGCAAGCUCAGGGACGACAGCACCAACCACAGGCUGCAGGAGAGCCUUCAGGCUACCCUCCAGCGGCAAGAUAUCAAGUCGCAAACUCUCAACGAGAUACGCCAGCUCAGGCAGACGGUCAGCGAGAUCGAAGAUGCCUUUGAGAAGAUUAGCAGGGACCUGUACAGCUUCGACAGAAAAAGGUUUCGCGGCGAAGACGGCAACGUGCUGCAGCUCAGCCCGCAAUGGAAUGGGCACCACACCCGCUUCAAGCAGAUCAUGGAGCAGAGCUACAAGAACGCUGUCGCCGCUUCAGCAUUCAUGGAUCAAUACAGCAGAGCGCUUUUAACAGAUGUCACUGUCGAAGAGAUACCAGACAUCAAGAUUGAGCUCGAAGGAUUCAUGAAGGAGCUUGAGUCUAAGGAGGAAGUUGCGUUACAGACGCAGAACAGCUUCAAAACGCUUGCCGAGGACGUCCGUCUCUUCUCGGUCGUCCUGGAGGAGUCCUUGCAGCGGGCUGGGGCGCAACUCACAAGCGAGCUUACCGCUACCCGGGCGCGUCUGAGCGAGCUCAAUGAACGUCUGGAUGCUGCCUACUCCAAGAUGAGAGGGAUGGGGAUCGCAUGCGUCUCAUGUCUUGCCGCUGGUGCCGUCGGUGCAGCAAUCGCCCUUUUUACCCUCAAUCCAUUUGUCGCCGUUGCGGCCGUGGGCUCCAUCAUUGGCGGAAUUGGCACGGGUGGAGAGUAUCUCAGCGCGAAGGAAGAAGCAGAGAAGAUAGAGAAGGAUAUCAAGAACUGCAAAAACGACCUCGACGAGCUGCUCGACAAAGAACAAUUCCUCAGAGAGUACCAGCGGUCGCUGGGCGCGACGCAGGAGGAUAUAUCCGCAUUGGCAGACAAGAUCGACGUGAUCUCUAACAUCUGGAGAUCGCUCAAGGUCGACAUGCAGAAGCUCCACGAAGAACUGAAGCUCGUCCUUGCCGGAACCGUUGUCACCCGUCGAUUCCUUAAGAAGCUGCAGGUCGCUCGCGAGGUGUACACUAUCCUCGCAAAGCUCCUCGAGGAAUACGCAAGGGGACAGCCGGCAUAAAACCACGCCCUCUGAUACUGAGAAACACAUGCGCCUCGGCGAAUGUGCAGCAUAGCUGCGGGUAUGGCGUCUGAGACACGGCUUGCGAGUUGUGUGGAUUUAUUUGAGCGAGCGAGCGCUUUGUUGUUACAGAGCCUUGUGGCCGCUAUAUAUACAUGCAUCAC